AUGUGGCUUGUGUCUGAAAUGCAGCUUUUAUUUGUUUUUGUGGAGCGUGACAAUGAGGAAGUUGGUGAACCUGUUGCCAAUUACUUUGGAAUUACUGGACAAGAGACCACGGUUCUUGCUUACACUCGGAAUGAAGACGCUAAGAAGUUUUUCUUCAAUGGUGAAAUAUCACUGGACAACAUUAAGGUAAUUUCUGAAAACAUUCUUGCAAAUUCAGUACCAGAUUAGAAGUAAAAUGGUAAGAGCAUGGUCAACAGUU